UUUCGCCAUUUCCAUGGUAGAAGUAGAAAUUGCUAUUCUAUUGCUGUGAGAGCAGUACAUCGUGCAUUGGCGUAUGCUACCAAGGCAAGAGCUUUAAAGAAAGAGGAUAUGCGUGCUUUAUGGGAUGCCCGACUUACUGCUGCAUGUGAAGAACACAAUUUCUCAUAUCCCCUGAUGAGGGAGAGUCUUUCUCGAUGUAAUAUCCUACUAAAUAGAAAGGUAUUGACUGAUCUAGCUAUAUGGGAGCCACGAUCUUUCAAGUCUCUGGUGAAACUUGCUUGGAGUAGAGCCUCUCAGGAUGGACUAAAUGGAGUGAAAGAAUUGGGAGAAGAACCUUCAGGAGUAAUUACCAGAGGAAUGAUCAAGUGAUUUGUGUGGACAACCAACUUUUGUAUAUAGCUGUUUUUAGAUGUAGAAAUACAUUUACAUAAAAAUACUUACUGUGUUUGAUUAAUGUAGAAGAGUAUGACAUACAGUUGAUUGUAAUGGAUGUCGUUCCAGACAACUAAAGAUCUAAGGGAGAGAUUGAAGGGCGUGUGUGAACCCAGUGGAAUUACUAAAUUUUUUUGUUCAUUAAAUAAUUACCAAGAGAGAUAUGUGUGUAUAUUAAAAUCACAGUGUAAAAGAUGUAUCCACUCUUAAGCGACCCCUAGAUAGUCAAUAAUUUUGUAAAUAUUUUGCGUAAUAAUGGUCUUUGUACAAUAAUAUUAACAGUCUGUAGGUCACAUUGAAAGAUGCGCACUAUAUUGAGUCAAUAAAAAUGAGUUUUAUGUUUAUUGUGCAAUCUAGAAAAUAUUGUAUCAUCUAGGGCUAUUAUUGCACAAUACUGAUUGUAGCUUCACAGUAUUAUAUUGAUCAUCAACUAAAAUGGCUAUGAGUACAAACAAAAGAGAUUUCAGAUGUAACUGUUCUCCAGCAUUCAUCAAAUGUAUCAUCUAAUGGCAGGAAGUUUUGAAAAUUAUUUGGUUCACUAAUUCUUGGUUUAGGUUAUAAAAUUCAGGAGUGUUAUUUCUUUUUUUGAACCAUUCCUCUGAUCGACAUGAGACGCUCCACAUCCUGACUGGGGGAUGCAGAGAAGGCUUUCAUGUGUUGUUUCUCUCUCGCUUCUCACCUACAUUCUUUCUUCACCUCCUUUUUCUUCCUCACUGGCCUUCUCUGUAAGCUGAAAGUCCACCCAAGUGUUUGCCGCGCAUGUCGAAGGAAAUGAUUGACCUGGGAGUUGAAGGGUCUGUGCAUGCUUUCUGGACUGUCACUGACGCCGGAUGUUGGUACUGAGACCUGAUCUAUUCAUGUGCACCAUACGCAAACACAUGUGGGCCCUGGUGACUGAGGGGAGGUCUGCAUCGUGUAGAUGCCAAAACGUUCACUUCGGCCCCGGCUUCAAUUAGAAGGGCAGUCGGAAGCUUAUCCACUCCCGCUGAAUCGGUUCGGACUAGGUGACAACUCCCAAGGUGAGUGGGAGUGCCAUGGUGCCCCAC